AUGGCUGAGUACAAAGAUCGUCUCGAGCGCGAGCGCAACCGCCUGACGUUCGGCGGCAUGCCGACUCCGUACCGCGGCAAGCCCGUCGAACAGCCGGCGCGCAAGUGGCUACGUCAGUUCCAGCUUUACUGUCUGGACCGCAAGUACGACGACGACGGCAAGCGAGCCGAAAUCUUCCAGCUGCUCAUCGACAAGGAUGCCAAGACAUGGUUCGAUACCCUCGACGCAAGCACGCAGGCCUCGUUCAAGGCGAUCGAGAAGGCCUUCCUCGAGAAGUAUGGUGACGAGGCCAUCGACGGCUACAGCUUUGGUGCCUUCCUCGGCUUCCAAAGCAAGGCCGCUGAGCUCAGCAAGUAUGACGCCAUUCGAGACAAGAAGAGCUACGACAAGCUGCUCGACGAGAUCGCCGCUGCAGACCGCCGAGUUAGCAACAAGCACAUCGUCCAAGGGUUCCGAGCCAAGCAUCUCAUCCACGGCCUGCCUCGCGCCAUCCGCCAGACCGUGGCGCUUCCAGGCACCACUACCAACGUGGCUGACGUCGUCGCCGCGAUGCGCAAGGUCAACCAUCCGCAGCUUGUGGAGGCCAUUGACGAGGAGCGCAAGAUCGGCCGCAUCGGCGAGUUUGAGGAGUCGUGGGACGACGUCAAAAGGACCGCCGACAAGUACACGGAGGUGGAAGUCGACGUCGACCAGAUGCGUCACUUCUGGCAGCAGUCCGCUCCGGUCCUAUCCUGCUCCGCAACGGCCAGUCAACGCACCCAGACACGCUGA